ACAAAUUGAGAGAGCUUGUUUGGGUGUUCUUAAAAGCAUUUUAAAAAGUACUUUUUUGCGCAGUAUCACAAUAGCCUGCACGGAAUAAUCAGCAUUCGCAGCAUUUCCAUAUAUGAUCAAGUACUGAAGUACUAUAGCUUAUCAGCUGUCAGCUGGUAGAAGAAGACUAAGGACGGAUAAAGCAAUGAGUUCGAGAAAUGAAACGGAUCCAGAACUAAAACAAAAACCGGCCAGGGUUGAUCGGUCAGCACCAGAGGCUGAGGCACCCAUUGUGGAGCUACCAAGCAGGCCCAGCCAAGUUGAAGUCAAAGUUGAAAGUCCAAUUUCCUAUUUCAAUGUCCAACAGGAGGUUGUCGAGGCAACCAUUGUUGGGCCACCAAGCAUGCGUAGCCAAGUUGAAUGUCCAAUUUCCAGUGCCAAUGCCCAACAAUGUGAAGAAAGGAAGCUUCGUAUGUAUAAAGCUGCUGUAAAAGGAGACUGGAAGGAUGCAGAACGUGUUCUGGAAUCGGACAAAAAUGCAGGUUGUCUUAAGCUAGCAGAAAGAGGAGAUAGGCCUCUUCACAUAGCUGCUGUCACCAAGCAAACUGCAUUUGUCCGCAAGUUAGUCGAACGCUUGAACAAAGAAGACCUGAUAUUGACGAAUAAAUAUAACGAUACAGCUUUCUGUUUUGCGGCUAUAUCAGGGGUUGUAGAAAUUGCCAAGCUCAUGUACGAAAAAAAUAGUAUUCUGCCAACAAUUCGAGAGAAAAACAAGUUGAGCCCAAUUGAAAUGGCAGCUUUGUCGGGAAAGGAAAAAAUGGUUAAAUAUCUUUACAAAAUUACACCUCUUGAAGAUUUCGAGGCCGAGGAGCGCAUGGACAUUCUUGUUGCAACUAUCAACAGGGAGAUGUAUGAUAUCGCAUUAAAAAUAUUGGAAGCAGAUAGAUAUCUAGUCAUCAAAACUCCAGAACCGAAGAAAGGAAGUGCCCUACACGCUUUAGCUCGAAAACCUUUGUCACACUAUGGUUUCAAAAGGAUAUAUGGUUCAAUAAUUCCAAAGCGAAGAAAAGCCAGUCAGUUGGCAGAGAAGCUGUGCGAACAGAUUCUGACUUUAGAAGGCUCGAAAAUUUCAAACCUAUUCGACCAAACUUCUAUACUUACCGAUGCUGCAAAAAUUGGGAAUGUUGAGCUUUUGACUCUGCUUAUCCGCUCCUAUCCUGAUCUUAUAUGGACAGUCGACAAAGAUUUUUACUCCAUAUUUCAUGUUGCUGUUAUUUACCGACAAGAGGAAGUCUUUAAUCUCAUCUACUCCACAGGAGCUAUUAAAGAUUUAUUGAUGCUCAGAAAAGAUAAAUUCGGAAACAACGUUUUGCAGUUGGCCGCGAAAUUACCACCUUCAAGUAGACUCAAUAGUGUAUCUGGAGCAGCUCUUCAAAUGCAGAGAGAGCUACAAUGGUUUAAGGAGGUGGAGAAGAUUCUACGGUCUCCCCCUCAGUCUUCCAAUGUUCGGGAGGGGGAAAACUUCCAUGAGACCGUUGCACCACGUGAUGGUGCGACAAUCCUAUCAUUGUGCGCCACCUCGUCGGGUGGCCCACCAUACACGCUCGAGGUGUGUGGGCCACCCGUCGAGGUUGCACCUCGGCAUUGGAUCGUUCAGGAGGGAAAAAAUGACGAGAAAAACCGAAAGUGCAAAACACCUAGGGAGUUGUUUACGGAGGAGCAUGAGGGGUUACGGGAAGCUGGUGAGAGGUGGAUGAAGGGCACAGCAACUUCUUGCAUGGUUGUCACAACCUUAAUUGCCACAGUUGCAUUAAAUGCAUCAUUUACAUUACCAGAUGGGAAUAAGGUAGCUCACAACAGGUGGUUCACAGUUUUUGCUACAUCUAAUGCAGUGGCAAUGUUUAGCUCGACAGCUUCCAUAAUGACGUUCUUGUCUAUCUUAACUUCACGCUAUGGAGAAGAUGAUUUUCUAUAUAUAUUACCAGUAAAGUUGAUGGUUGGACUAUUUACACUCUUUGCUUCAAUCGUUUGCAUGGUCUUAAAAUUUAGUGCAACCUACUUUUUGGUCCACGAGGAAGAAAAGCCAGGGAUAUCACCAAAAAUUGUUGCUGGUCUUGCUUUGCUUCCGAUCACCUUAUAUGUAACGCUAAAUUUUAGGUUAUGGUAUUCCGUAUUUCGCUCAACAAUCCGACCGUCAACGUUUAUGUUCCGACCAGGUGAGCAUGGGCUUUUUUAAUAAAAGGAGCUACAAUACUAGUUAUCGUUAUUAAGAAAAGUGGAGAAGCUUUAUUGUACUUUGUUGUUGUAUUUUCGAAUAAAAGGCUUCGUUUAGCCUUUUGUUUUUCUAGUUGUUACUUUAUUGUUGUUGUAUUUUCUAAUAAAAGGCUUUGUUUUUCGA